UUUAAGUGUUUUGAGGGGCCCUUCCCAGUUGUGUAGGUUAUAAGCGACAUCUAUUUAUCAAACUUCCGCUGGCGUUGAGACGUGGAGGGUGGAAGAGAGACCGCGGAUCAUUGGGUGUCUGCAUCGAUGUUUAACCAAGCGUUGGAAUGGCAGCUGGGAAGUGACAAACACCUCGACUGACCUCAAUCACUCCGCCUGUUGGCCCACUACAAAACCGCCACGUUGGAUAUAUACAGAGUGGACGUCCAGUGUACUGGAGCCACUGUCAUGCACCGGAAGUUGUGUAUACCAAGGCAAGAGCAGUGAGCAGUGGACAUGAAAGUUACUCCCCAUCUUGUGGCACAUCAGCAGAAUUAGGUCCUGAGGUUGUCUUUGUUGUAGAGUUGCAGCUGGCUUCAAUAAUUAGUGUAUGUAUGUAGAUGAGACUACGUUUCAGCAUCUCCAUGGUAUAUACAACGUAGGCCAAGUUCCAACUACUUAUGCUAGGAGGUUGAGUGUAAAUGGUGCUCAGUAUCAGCCAGAACAGAGACAGAUUUGUCCUAAGUUGUCUUGGAGUUUAGUCUACCAGUGUCAAGAUGGCAAGUCGACGCCUCAAGUUCCAGUACUGCAAGGUGAUCAUAGCCACGUCCAUGGUGUGGGUCAUGCUGGACGUCUUCCUGCUCAUGUACUUCACUGAUUGCACCACCAUGUCGGCUGCCAACUGCAAUAACAACAACAACGUCCGGGUCGACCACCAUGAUGCGCUCAAGCCACAGAAGCAGGAGGGCUUCCUCAACAGAAUAUUGCCAAAAGGUCUUCUGCCCAACCGGUCUCCAACUGGCCCUGGUGAGAUGGGGAAGGCAGUUGUUGUCCCCAAGAACCUUGAAGCUGAAGCCAAAAGCAAGUUCAAAAUCAACCAGUUUAACCUUGUGGCCAGUGACAUGAUGUCCCUCAACAGAUCAUUGCCUGACUACAGAAUGGAUGCAUGUAAGAAGAAGAACUACCCACCCCUGGACGACCUCCCCACCACCAGUGUGGUCAUUGUGUUCCACAAUGAGGCCUGGUCCACCUUGCUCCGCACUGUCCACAGCAUCAUGAACCGGUCGCCACGGAAAUUGCUCCAAGAGAUCAUCUUGGUGGAUGAUGCCAGUGAGAAAGACCACUUGGGAAAAGAUCUUGAUGAUUAUGUAAAAACUUUGAGUGUAAAAGUUAAAGUUCUCAGGUCAUUUGAAAGAACUGGUUUAAUAAGAGCCAGGUUGAAAGGAGCUAAGGAAGCUCGUGGAGAUGUCAUCACGUUCCUGGAUGCUCAUUGUGAGUGUACAGAGGGUUGGCUGGAACCCUUGCUGUAUGAGAUCCACAAGAACAGGAAGGCUGUGGUGUGUCCAAUCAUUGAUGUGAUAAGUGACGACACGUUCGAGUACAUCACUGGGUCGGACAUGACGUGGGGAGGCUUCAACUGGAAACUCAACUUCCGCUGGUACCCUGUGCCGCAGAGAGAACUGGAGAGACGAGGCGGUGACCGCAGUCAGCCUACAAGGACACCUACCAUGGCUGGCGGUCUGUUCUCCAUCCAUCGAGACUACUUCUAUGAAACUGGGUCAUAUGAUGAGGGGAUGGACAUCUGGGGUGGCGAAAACCUGGAAAUGAGUUUUAGGGUGUGGAUGUGUGGGGGACAGAUCUAUAUUGUUACGUGUUCGCGUGUGGGUCAUGUGUUCCGGAAAACAUCUCCCUACUCAUGGCCAGGAGGAGUUGCCAGGAUCAUCAACCACAACACCCAGCGGAUAGUGGAGGUCUGGAUGGACGAAUACAAAGAGUUCUUCUAUAAGAUUAACCCAGGUGUGAAGAGCACAGACUAUGGGGACAUAUCAGAGCGACAGGAACUGAGGAAGAGGAUGAAAUGUCAUAGUUUCCGCUGGUACUUGGAAAACAUCUAUCCAGAAUCACAAAUGCCCAUUGAUUUCUACUCCCUUGGUGAGAUUCGCAACAAGGAAACCAGCUCUUGUAUUGACACAAUGGGAAGGAAGAGUGGCGAAAAGGUUGGCAUGGUGACAUGUCACGGUAUGGGAGGCAAUCAGGUGUUUUCUUAUACCAAAAAGAAAGCUCUCCAGACGGAUGACCUGUGUUUGGAUGUCUCUUCUGUGACCGGCCCUGUCAAACUAUUUCAGUGCCACGGGCUGGGGGGCAACCAAAAGUGGGAAUAUGAUUUAGAGACUCUGACGCUGAGACAUGUCAACACUGGGCUGUGUCUAGGAAAACCGUCUGUCCAUGACUCAGGGACUCCAUCACUUGGGGAGUGCACUGGGUUGCCUUCACAACAAUGGCAGCUGAGCGAUAUGAAGUGGAAGAACUAGUGAAUUGUGGGAUACACAUACGACAGUUGGCCGAUGCGACUUGUGCUGUCAGUAUGUUUGUCAGAUCUCAGGAGUUUCUGUUGUACCUUAUAGAGAUAUAUGUACCUCUGCCAUCCAGGAAGAUGCCCUCCUUUAACAUGGAGUAUGUGUGCGUGUAAGUGUGUGUCUGAGCUGAAGGUCAACCAGCACUUUAUGUUGACAACAACCAUGUUUCCUUGUUCUUAAUGUGAACUACAGAUAAAGACAAAACAGAGAUAUGACUGUGACUGUGGUCAGGAUCGGAAUACAUCCAGACUGCGCUGCUAAUAGACUUGUGUGAUGCUUGUUCACAAGAUGCUGGACAGUGCUGAAUGGAUGGAGCUGCAGACAUUGUAACAUCUGUCUCUGUCAUCAAGAUUUGACAAUGAGAGCCAUGGACACUGGAGAUGUUUUGCCAUGGACACAGAGUAACAUUUGCCAUGGUAACAUGGGUAUGUAUUGCCAUGGAUACACGGUAGUAUUUUACCAUAGCAACAUUGGUAUUACACUAAGUAACAUUUUGCCAUGGCAACAUGGGUGUGUAUUGCCAUGGGCAUAGAGCCUGUAGCCAUGGACACAGGAGAGAGUGUGUCAUCAAGGUGUGACAGAAGAUGCCAUAUACAGAAGAAAUCUCUACCAUAUUUUAUAUCCUUUUUGUAUAUUUGGAAUUCAUUGUAUAAUCUGAUGAUAUUGUGUAAUCAUCUCAUCCCAUUGUAUGAAUAUUUCUUUGUUGUCUAUAAGAUGUUUAUGAUUCUGUGAAAGAUGAGAAUACCUAUUGAAGAUGUUACUUGUUUUCACUUGUGAUGGGCCUGCAAUAUACAGUGUUAUAAGUUUGGGCCUCACUUUGAACAACUCGGGUUUACUUGUCCAUGUCCCUUGUGGCUGAACAGAUCUAUGGCCUUUUAGAUGACACAACAGCUCUGUGCCAUAUUUGUCACACUGCCGAACACAUGUAUGUACCCAAUCAGAAGCCAUGUGCAGCUCACAGACGUGGCAUGGAGUUGUAAGUGCAGCUGUCAUGUGGGAUAUCUAAUAUAUAUCCUACUAUAUCCAUGUAUGAUAACAUAUAGAUAUCCUGCAGUCAGCUAUGCAUGAUAACAUAUAUAUCCCACAGUGUGCCAUGUGGUAUACAAGUUCUACAGUCUACAAUGUUGGAUACAAUACAGAGUUUUCAAUCUGCCUUGUGGGACUAGAUCUAUAUACGUAUAGUGAGAUAGCAUCUAUACAUCCUACAAUCUACCAUGUGGGUAAACAUGUCCAAUACUGUUAUGCGGGCUAACAGAUCAGCCAGUGUGUGGAGUAUUGGUGCAACCUGCUAAGUGGGGUGAAGGUACUAACAACUGUGUGGGUUAACAGAUCAGCCAACUGUGUGAGCUGCCUGUGUAACCUACUGUGUUUGUGUGUAAUGGUGCAACCUACUGUGUGUGGUAAUGGUGCAACCUAAUGUUCGGAGAUAAUGGUGCAACCUAAUGUGUGUGGCUUAAAUGUUGUGCAACCUACUGUGUGGGGUAAUGGUGCAACCUACUGUGUGUGUGUGGGGAGGGGGGGGGGGGGCAAGUAGUGCAACCUAUUAAGUGAGCUAA